AAAGUGCUUCCCCCACAGAAGUCUCAACGACUCUUUCAACACCACCGGUGACUUCCACAUCAACAAUUGAACCUACGGUGUCACUAUCAUCGACCAUUGUUCCCACAAGUGAAGCAACUACCAUUAAAGAAACAACAGUGCUCACCUCUGGCAUUCCACAAACUUCUAUAGUGUUUCCUUCUUCUUCAACACAGUCUGUGCCAGUGUCCACUACAAGUGAAUCCAUAGGCUCAUCACCUUCUUCCACACCUACCAGUGCCAUCCAAACUUCAACCCUUCAGAAUACUGAAACCACAAGAUCAACUAUGCAAAGUGCUUCCCCCACAGAUGUCUCAACGACUCUUUCAACACCACCAAUGACUUCCACAUCAACAAUUGAACCUACGGUGUCACUAUCAUCGACUGUUGUUCCCACAAGUGAAGCAACUACCAUUAAAGAAACAACAGUGCUCACCUCUGGCAUUCCACAAACUUCUAUAGUGUUGCCUUCUUCUUCAACACAGUCUGUGCCAGUGUCCACUACAAGUGAAUCCAUAGGCUCAUCACCUUCUUCCACACCUAACAGUGCCAUCCAAACUUCAACCCUUCAGAAUACUGAAACCACAAGAUCAACUAUGCAAAGUGCUUCCCCCACAGAUGUCUCAACGACUCUUUCAACACCACCAAUGACUUCCACAUCAACAAUUGAACCUACGGUGUCACUAUCAUCGACCAUUGUUCCCACAAGUGACGCAACUACAAUUAAAGAAACAUCAGUGCUCACCUCUAGCAUUCCACAAACUUCUAUAGUGUUGCCUUCUUCUUCAACACAGUCUGUGCCAGUGUCCACUACAAGUGAAUCCAUAGGCUCAUCACCUUCUUCCACACCUACCAGUGCCAUCCAUACUUCAACCCUUCAGAAUACUGAAACCACAAGAUCAACUAUGCAAAGUGCUUCCCCCACAGAUGUCUCAACAACUCUUUCAACACCACCAAUGACUUCCACAUCAACAAUUGAACCUACGGUGUCACUAUCAUCGACUGUUGUUCCCACAAGUGAAGCAACUACCAUUAAAGAAACAUCAGUGCUCACCUCUGGCAUUCCACAAACUUCUAUAGUGUUUCCUUCUUCUUCAACACAGUCUGUGCCAGUGUCCACUACAAGUGAAUCCAUAGGCUCAUCACCUUCUUCCACACCUACCAGUGCCAUCCAAACUUCAACCCUUCAGAAUUCUGAAACCACAAGAUCAACUAUGCAAAGUGCUUCCCCCACAGAUGUCUCAACGACUCUUUCAACACCACCAAUGACUUCCACGUCAACAAUCGAACCUACAGUGUCUCUAUCAUCGACUGUUGUUCACACAAGUGAAGCAACUACCAUUAAAGAAACAACAGUGCUCACCUCUGGCAUUCAACAAACUUCUAUAGUGCUGCCUAUUUCGUCAACACAGUCUGUGCCAGUGACCACUGCAAGUGAAUCCAUAGUCUCUUCACCUUCUUCCACACCUACCAGUGCCAUCCAAGCUUCAACCCUUCAGAAUACUGAAACCGCAAGAUCAACUAUGCAAAGUGCUUCCCCUACUGAAGUAUCAGCAACUCUUUCAACACCACCGGUGACUUCCACAUCAACAAUUGAACCUACGGUUUCACUAUCAUCGACCAUUGUUCCCACAAGUGAAGCAACUACCAUUAAAGAAACAUCAUCGCUCACCUCUGGCAUUCCACAAACUUCUAUAGUGUUACCUUCUUCUUCAACACAGUCUGUGCCGGUGUCCACUACAAGUGAAUCCAUAGGCUCAUCACCUUCUUCCACACCUACCAGUGCCAUCCAAACUUCAACCCUUCAGAAUACUGAAACCACAAGAUCAACUAUGCAAAGUGCUUCCCCCACAGAAGUCUCAGCAACUCUUUCAACACCACCGGUGACUUCCACAUCAACAAUUGAACCUACGGUGUCACUAUCAUCGACCAUUGUUCCCACAAGUGAAGCAACUACCAUUAAAGAAACAACAGUGCUCACCUCUGGCAUUCAACAAACAUCUAUAGUGUUGCCUUCUUCUUCAACACAGUCUGUGCCAGUGACCACUACAAGUGAAUCCAUAGGCUCAUCACCUUCUUCCACACCUACCAGUACCAUCCAAACUUCAACCCUUCAGAAUACUGAAACCACAAGAUCAACUAUGCAAAGUGCUUCCCCUACUGAAGUCUCAACAACUCUUUCAACACCACCAAUGACUUCCACAUCAACAAUUGAACCUACGGUGUCACUAUCAUCGACUGAUGUUCCCACAAGUGAAGCAACUACCAUUAAAGAAACAACAGUGCUCACCUCUAGCAUUCCACAAACUUCUAUAGUGUUGCCUUCUUCUUCAGCACAGUCUGUGCCGGUGUCCACUACAAGUGAAUCCAUAGGCUCAUCACCUUCUUCCACACCUACCAGUGCCAUCCAAACUUCAACCCUUCAGAAUACUGAAACCACAAGAUCAACUAUGCAAAGUGCUUCCCCUACUGAAGUCUCAACGACUCUUUUAACACCACCGGUGACUUCCACAUCAACAAUUGAACCUACGGUGUCACUAUCAUCGACCAUUGUUCCCACAAGUGAAGCAACUACCAUUAAAGAAACAACAGUGCUCACCUCUAGCAUUCCACAAACUUCUAUAGUGUUGCCUUCUUCUUCAACACAGUCUGUGCCAGUGUCCACUACAAGUGAAUCUAUAGGCUCAUCACCUUCUUCCACACCUACCAGUGCCAUCCAAACUUCAACCCUUCAGAAUACUGAAACCACAAGAUCAACUAUGCCAAGUGCUUCCCCGACAGAUGUCUCAACGACUCUUUCAACACCACCAAUGACUUCCACAUCAACAAUUGAACCUACGGUGUCACUAUCAUCGACUGUUGUUCCCACAAGUGAAGCAACUACCAUUAAAGAAACAACAGUGCUCACCUCUGGCAUUCCACAAACUUCUAUAGUGUUGCCUUCUUCUUCAACACAGUCUGUGCCAGUGUCCACUACAAGUGAAUCCAUAGGCUCAUCACCUUCUUCCACACCUACCAGUGCCAUCCAAACUUCAACCCUUCAGAAUACUGAAACCACAAGAUCAACUAUGCAAAGUGCUUCCCCUACUGAAGUCUCAACAACUCUUUCAACACCACCAAUGACUUCCACAUCAACAAUUGAACCUCACGGUGUCACUAUCAUCGACCAUUGUUCCCUAAGUGAAGCAACUACCAUUAAAGAAACAACAGUGCUCACCUCUGGCAUUCCACAAACUUCUAUAGUGUUGCCUUCUUCUUCAACACAGUCUGUGCCAGUGUCCACUACAAUGCCAUCCAAACUUCAACCCUUCAGAAUACUGAAACCACAAGAUCAACUAUGCAAAGUGCUUCCCUACAGAUGUCUCAACGACUCUUUCAACACCACCAAUGACUUCCACAUCAACAAUUGA